UAGUGGGGCUGGAUGGUGCCAGAUGACACACAAACAGCGGCAGGUCUAUGGGAGAUCAGAUGAUAUAUAUGCCGAGGCCAUAACCAGAGCAGCUAAGGAAGGGGACGCUGUGCGGCCAGAUGAUGCUGUUUUGCUUUCAUUCUUGGUGGGAGCGACUGUGCCCGCUGGGUGAGCCAUAAGCCGCUAGCCCCGGAGCCCAGAGAGUCACCUUGCUGAGUGCGGGGGAUUGUGAGGCGCUGCCGGAUCAGCAGGGAAGCUUAGGGCAAAUCAUCUGUGCGGAUCUACAAGGGUUACAUGAAAGGCGGAGCUACAAAUCCAAUAUCUGACACUUGUUUAUUUUGGACUAAGGACCUCAGCUGUUUACCUCUGUCAGCGAACCCUGAAUGAAUGAGCACAGGCAGGGACAUCUGACCAGCAGACGCUUCUAAGCUCUAAGCCAAGGAGGGCCUGAGAGGCCGAGGACAGAACAGCCAAAAUGAGAAGCAGGAGUAAUUCAGGGGUCAGACUUGAUGGCUACGCCAGGCUUAUUCAGCAGACCAUACUUUGUCACCAGAACCCAGUCACAGGCCUUCUUCCUGCUAGCAAAGAGCAAAAAGAUGCCUGGGUGCGAGACAAUGUGUACAGUAUUCUGGCUGUGUGGGGACUGGGAAUGGCGUAUCGCAAAAAUGCUGACCGGGAUGAGGACAAAGCCAAAGCAUAUGAACUAGAGCAGAGUGUUGUAAAGCUGAUGAGAGGAAUCUUGCACUGCAUGAUAAGACAGGUGGAUAAAGUUGAGAAAUUCAAACACACGCAGAGUACAAAAGAUUGUCUGCAUGCCAAGUACAACACGGCAACGUGCAGUACUAUAGUUGGUGAUGACCAGUGGGGACACCUCCAAGUAGAUGCUACCUCCCUAUUCCUGUUGUGCUUGGCACAAAUGACUGCUGCAGGCUUACGCAUUGUGUUUACACUGAAUGAAGUUGCCUUUAUACAGAAUCUUGUUUUUUACAUUGAAGCUGCUUAUAAAGUUGCUGAUUAUGGAAUGUGGGAGCGAGGAGACAAAACAAAUCAAGGAAUUCCUGAGCUAAAUGCAAGCUCUGUGGGCAUGGCAAAGGCUGCUCUGGAAGCUAUAGAUGAACUUGAUCUGUUUGGCGCUCAUGGGGGACCCAAAUCUGUGAUUCAUGUUCUACCUGAUGAUGUAGAACACUGUCAGUCAAUCCUUUAUUCAAUGUUGCCUCGGGCCUCCACCUCCAAAGAAAUUGAUGCUGGCCUCCUCUCCAUCAUUUCAUAUCCUGCUUUUGCUGUUGAGGACAUAAAUCUGGUUAAUGUGACCAAAAAUGAAAUAAUCACUAAACUCCAGGGAAGAUAUGGCUGCUGUCGCUUUCUCAGAGAUGGCUUUAAAACACCAAGAGAGGACCCCACCAGAUUGCACUAUGACUCUACUGAACUCAAACUCUUUGAGAAUAUUGAAUGUGAAUGGCCUUUGUUCUGGACAUAUUUACUUAUUGAUGGAAUUUUUAAUGGGGAUCAGGUUCAGAUGCAAGAAUAUCGGGAAGCUCUGGAGGGAAUUCUCAUAAGAGGAAAGAAUGGAAUUCGUCUUGUGCCAGAACUUUAUGCUGUUCCUACUGACAAGAUAGAAGAAGAGUACCAUAACCCGCAUACAGUUGACCGCAGACCUUUGGGGAAGAUACCUCACCUAUGGGGACAAUCACUGUACAUACUGGGCUCUCUUUUAGCUGAGGGAUUUCUAGCACCAGGAGAAGUAGAUCCGUUGAACAGAAGAUUCUCUACAGUUUUUAAGCCUGAUGUUGUGGUGCAAGUUUCAGUUCUAGCAGAGUCUAAAGAGAUAAAGAAAAUGCUCAAAAACCAUGGCCUUGAAGUUCAGAGCUUUAGUGAUGUCCGGCCAAUCAGAGUGCAGCCAGCUAGGAUUUUGAGCCACCUGUAUGCCAAGCUUGGGCAUAAUAAAGCCAUGAAGCUUAGUGGCCGCCCAUACCGUCACAUAGGUGUUCUAGGGACGUCUAAACUGUACAUGAUCAGGAACCAGAUCUUUACUUUUACACCCCAGUUUACAGAUCAGCACCACUUCUAUCUAGCCCUCGACAGCAGAAUGAUUGUGGAGAUGCUUAGAACUGAACUGGCCUAUUUAACUUCCUGCUGGAGGAUGACUGGGAGACCAACGCUAACCUUUCCCAUUACCCAUUCUAUGCUCAAUGAAGAUGGCUCUGAUAUUGAUCCUGCUAUUCUUUCUACAAUUAGAAAGAUGGAAGAUGGAUAUUUUGGUGGCGCAAGGGUGAAGCUUGGAAAGUUAUCAGAUUUUCUUACUACAUCUUUCUACACUCAUCUAAGUUUUCUGGAUUCUGACUGUGAUGGAAAGCUUUUUGAUGAUGUAGAUGACGAAUGUUAUAGUCCCGUCAAUGACUAUGAAGUGGAGUUAUUUUCGAAUACAGAGUGUGAGAAAGGUAAUAUAACUAAAGAGGAAGUUCAGGAUGAGCUUGAUCAGUAUAUAAAUCAACUGCAGCAAAGCAUGGCUUCAACAUCUUACCUCCCUCCUAUCUCCAGUCACUCCGGCACAUACCAUGCCUUCAGCACACUCCAUUCCACCCGGGAUAUUCUAUCGAUAAUGGCUAAAUCUAAAGGCCUGGAUGUACCAAAUUCCUCCCUAUUUCUUCCUGCUAAAAAUCUGAGUGCUCAUCGGAGAUCUUUAAAUCUGUUAGAGGUCCCACAACUACACAAACACCAGAAUCAUGAAACUGAAUUAAAUUUACCAAAAGAUGCCCAUGGGGAUAUUGACUGCCACAAGCUGCUGGAUAAACUCAAGGAAUGCCCAACUCUUCAAGACCAAGCCGAUAUUCUUUAUAUACUGUGUGUGAUAAAAGGACUGGACUGGGAUACAGGGCUGAAUGGACAGUGUGGUGUGUCGGUACAUUUGCUGCUAAAUGAGUUAUAUAGCAAGGCAGGACUCAAUCGGGAAUGGGGUUUGAUCCGUUACAUCUCUGGCCUUCUGAAAAAGAGAGUGGAGGUCCUUGCUGAGGCUUGUACUGACAUCUUGUCGCACCAUAAGCAGCUUACUGUUGGCCUUCCCCCGGAACCCCGAGAGAAAACCAUCACAGCACCCCUUCCUCCGGAACAGCUGGCAGCCCUGAUUUAUGAAGCGAGUGGACAAGAUAUUAGCAUUGCUGUACUUACACAGGAAAUAAUGCUUUAUCUGGCUAUGUAUGUCAGAUCUCAGCCAAGUCUCUUUGGAGAGAUGCUGAGGCUGCGGAUUGGACUCAUAAUGCAGGUGAUGGCAACUGAACUUGCACGCAGCCUAAACUGCUCUGGUGAAGAAGCUUCAGAAAGUUUGAUGAGCCUCAGCCCUUUUGAUAUGAAGAACCUACUUCACCAUAUCCUGAGUGGUAAAGAGUUUGGCGUAGAACGAAGCAUGCGUCCAAUUGAAUCAUCGGCCACUAGCCCCGCUAUAUCUAUCCACGAAAUGGGACACACAGGAGCAACGAAAACAGAAAGGAGCGGCAUCAACAAGCUCAGGAAUGAAAUGAAACAAAUGGAUAGGAGGUUUAGCCAAGAUGAUCAGUUUGGGCAUUCUGUCGCCAGCAGCAUCCAUUCCGCCAGGUCUACGAGAUGCAGCAGCCCUUCUUCUCCCACGGGUACUCUCUCCCCAACGGGAUUUGUUGGACCCCAUCUUGUUUUCGAUGACCACCAAGGUCAGUGGUUGAGAAGGAGAAGGCUUGAUGGGGCUAUAAACCGCGUACCGGUCGGAUUCUACCAGAGAGUAUGGAAUGUUUUGCAAAAGUGCCAUGGUUUAUCAAUUGAUGGGUAUGUUCUUCCUUCCUCGAGCACACGAGAGAUGACUGCUUGUGAGAUCAAGUUUGCUGUCCAUGUGGAAUCUGUUCUGAAUCAUGUUCCCCAGCCUGAAUACAGGCAGCUGCUAGUGGAAGCUAUAAAUGUGCUCACCUUGGUGUCAGACAUGGAAGUGGAUAGCUUUGGUAGCAUUAUCCACGUCGACCGCAUUGUGCACUCUGCCAAUGACCUCUUCCUUCAGGACCAGAAAGCCCUCGGUGCUGCAGAUUUCUACCUUGACCUGGAUCAAGCUACGGGAAUCUGCAACUUCUUCUAUGACAGCGCUCCAAGUGGAGCCUAUGGCACAAUGACUUACCUAACAAAAGCAGUAGCCAUCAGCUUACAGGAUUUCUUACCAAAUACCAGCUGUUCAAUGCAGUAGAAGGCAUAACCCAGAGUGGCAGAUAUAUAGAUUAUUUUUUUCUAAAAUUCUAAUGUACCUAUUUAUUUUACUUUAUAAGAAAUUUUAUUUAUGUAGUAUAUGUGUCUUUAAGUGAAUUGAAAAGUGAGUAACUGAGAGAUUUUAGCAGAAACAGUGAGACCCAAAAUAUUGUAGUUCUAACGUAAGAAGGACUCUUUGUUCCUUGAAAAUGUGUGAAAGGUAAAUGACUGUAAUUAUUUAUUUUAUUAUUACAAAUCUACCAAAAAUCUUAUUAUAGUUAGCAAAAUUCAAUAUAACUGUUAUUUAAAUAAUUAAAUUAAUGGUCAGAUUUUAGGAGAGUGUGGACAGUAAAGCAGUGCAGGAUGCGGAGGGCGCUGUUUUUGCCACUUUUUAUUUUUUUAGAAAACUGUAUCACACAAGGCAAUCAAGUAUGGGUCUGUUAUCCAGAAUGUUCGGGACCCGUGUUUUUCUGGAUAAGAGGUCUUUCCAUAAUUUGGAUCUCCCUACCUUAAAUCUAUUAAAAAAUUAAUUAACCAUUAAAUAAACCCAAUAGGAUUAUUUUGCCUGCAAUAAGGAUUAUUUAUACCUUAGGUGGGAUCAAGUACAAGGUACUGUUUUAUUAUUACAAAGAAAAAAAAGGAAUCAGGAAAAAAUGUGGAUUAUUUAAUUAAAAAUGAGUAUAUGGAAAAUGGUCUUUCCAUAUUUCUAAGCAUUCUGGAUAACAGGUUUCCGGAUAACGCAUCCCACACCUGUAGCAAUAAAAGACAACAGCAGGGACUCACAGGGUGGGUAUCAUUUCUGCCUAGCAGCACUGGGGUCCUGAGUUCAAUUCCAGCCAAGGCACUGUCUGCAUGGAUAGUUCUUCCCAUGUCUGUGUGGGUUUCCUUUGGUUUCCUCCCACACUCUGAAAAUAUAUAGGCAGUACGUGUUUGAAUGUGAUAGGGCCCUUAGACUGCAAGCUCCACUGGGGCAGGGACUGAUGUAAAUGAUGUAUGAUCUCUGUUGGGGGAUGGCAUUUGGAGGAUGCCUGGUGGGGUGGCACCUCACAGGGAGGCAGAUCAGCAUUGGCUAAAUGCCACACUAUAUCUGUCAUUAAAUGCUGAGGGCCACAAAGUUUUGUCACACUGUAAUAGAAUACAGGGGUCCAAGGGUACUACUGUGUUAUUAAAUGCUAGGGGCCAUAUCCUCAGUCCAACUUUCUAUAUAAGAAUAAGUAGAUGUGAUAAUAGGAAUGCUGGUGAUGUCAGUGGGCGGUGCAUACCAGUCUUACAGCUUUUCUGCCCACUAAGGAAAUCCCAAAUUCUCUUCACUUACAACCAGUUAUUUUUUAUCUUUUUUUUUAAAUGAAGGCAACAGUAGGCCUUUUUAUGAAAUAGGAAAAGUUACAAAUUCUGUUUUUUUUUGCACAUUAAUGAUGCAAAAUCCUUGUUAAUAUUUACUGUCUUUAUUUUUAAAAUAUUGACAUUAAUAUAUUGGCACAUGCAAUAUUGCACAGGAAACCUUAUUUAUCUGAAUACUGUGUUUGUGAGUGAAAGCAACCAUGUCUGAUGAUGUGGCCUCAAUCAGAAACGUAGGCUUUAGAAACGAGUAACGUUUGAACAAAGUGUCUUACAAACAGGACUUGAUUUGUCACUAUAAUGUGAUGUUAAGGAGAGUUCUACCCAGAGCGCCAUAGGAGACCAUUAGGCAUCACUUUAAAGUCUCUGGUAGGAUCAGAAUGAUUGGCACAGACAGUUGAGCCAUUAUCUAUUGAACCCAUAAAUCAAAUAUUUGUCCAUGAUACCUAUUUAAUAUAACUGAUGCAUAUUUAUUAAUAACAGUCUUGUUUCACAGAUAUUGUGUGAAUGUUACAUAUCCUGUACAAUCCACAGUGCUUUAUUUAGUCUGAAUGGAACUCAAAGAAUGUUUACCCUUUCUAAUAAUGUGCCCUGUGCCUUUCAUGGGAAAUAUUUCUGUUUAUAUUUUAGUAGCAUUUUGUCUCAUACAGUUGCCGUGGCAAUGGUUAGAUGCUAAUCUGUAUAACUGUGUUAUUAAAUGGACACAGGUUUUGUUGUAAACACCUGGGCCACACUGCUGAAAUCUUUAUCUGCUCAUUGAGAGAAGCAACACCUUCUAUUGCAGAAAACAACAUCUCCGGAGUUAAUUGUCAUUUUAUGGACCUUUCUGGUAUGCAAAUAACAGGUUCCCGCACACCAUAAACACACAUAAUAAUACACUUUCCCAGGCACAUUUUCUUGGUUCACUGGGGAAUUAAGUUCUUUUGUUUCCCGGUGCUUUAAAACGACUCUACUCCUGAUCUGACUACUUUAAAGUGUACUCUAGUUCUGAUCUGUGCAAUUCUUUCUUCAUGUACGCUAUGAAACAAUUUAGAAGGGACACAGUUACACCUUCAUAAUGCAGCAGCUUUAAUCCAGGGUUUAAGGGAACACAGACAUUUUUUUGGGUGUGUAUAUAUGUUAUUCUAAUAUACAGUACUGUCUUAAAUAGAAUAGAACAGUCUUCUGUUAAAGGGAUGCUUUCAUCAUAAUAAAGUGUUUAUAUUAAUGCAGUAUAAAUGCACAUAUGCCUCAGAUUUGUAUUGAGCAGUUUGACAACAUCCCCAUAAUUCUUGCAGCAAUUUGCCACUCACAUCAAAAAGGUGGCCAUAUGCGGGCUGAUAAAAGCUGCAGUCGGCACCAUAUUGGCCCAUGAGUGGGGCCCUCCAAUGGGCCUUCCCAACCCGUAUCUGACUGAAAAUGAUCAGAUGUGGAUCAGGCAGGGUUAAAAAUCUGUAUCCUGAUUGUGUGGCCCUCGAGCUAAACGACUGGAUCAAUCCAAUAUCAUUCCCCAAAAGGUGGGGAAAGUUGUGCUUGUUUGGCAACCUUGUCAAAUGAGUGGAUCUUUUAGUGUAUGGCCAGUUUAAAAUGUAUUUAGUUAGAAAUAGUCCUUAGCUGCUGUCAGCUUAUUCAGAUUAUACUGUAUAUGUUUAAAUGCCUGUGCCUGUACCAAAGCUUAGCUCAGCGUUUUGAAGGCUUUGGUUACUUUCCAAGACCAGAAUUAUGGAGUGAGAAUACUGCAGUCACAUUAAAAUGAUUCACAGAUCCUACUCUCAUAUUAGAAUGUAUUUACCAGACCAAGUUAUACAACGCUUGAUGUCCUGUAGGACAUAACAGUGACACAAGAUUGUGCAUGAAGAUUCUGUACAUUGCUGCACUAUUCAGACUGGCCUGCAGAUCAUUAGUGAAUGUGUUUAUUCAAUUGUUUCUUUUUAAUGAAUAGUUUUACAUUUGCACAAUGAAUUAUGAAACUGGUAUUUAUUGGCUUUUCAAAGAGAUGUAAAUAGUAAACAUCAUUGCUGCUGUAUUUAAUAAAUAUUAAUUAUUAAGUCUUUUCAAAUGAUUUAACUAAUACAUUUUUGUUCCCUCUCCUGGCAAUGUAAGGGGAAAAAUCCAUAAAUAAAAGGAAAAUUGCACUAAU